UCACAAACACCUCACCCACGAAUCUCUAUCCUAUUCGACCCACCUCAAAGCCUCAAUCCAACAACAACCCUAACCCCCCAAAAAUGCACCUUCCAACCAGAUCCUUCCUCCCCCUCCUAACCCUAACAACCGCAACCGCCUCCCCCACCCCCCUCAGGAACCAGAAUCAACCCAAACCCGCCAACGCCACAAUAACCAACCAAUGCCCCUUCCCCAUCUACCUGACAGCAGUCUCCUCCUCCUCCUCCUCCUCCACCACCCCCCCGGAAAUCCUUCUCGCAUCAAACGCAAGCUACACCCAACCCUACCACCACGACCCGCACACCGGCGGAAUCAGCCUGAAGCUCACCACCAUCCCGAACGGGCUGUACACGGGCGCGGCGCAGACGAUCUUCGCGUACAGCUACCUCGAGCGGACGGGGCAGGUGUGGUUUGAUCUGUCGGAUGUGUUUGGGGAUCCGUUCAAGGGAUUCAGGGUAAGGCUGGGGCCGUUGGGGGGCACUGGGAGCACUGGGGGAAAUGGGACGGACUCGAUUGUUUGGGAGGAUGGGGUGCCGCCGAGGGGCAGUCAGGUUAGGGUUGUGGGGUGUGAGGUGGGGUUGGGGUUGGGGGUUUGUGUUUGA